UUUACAUGUAAUUACUCGAAAGUGGAAAGUGGAAAGUUUAGUAGCCAGUUCGUCGUAAUUUUACUGGUGCUCGUUAAAGUAUUAUAAACAUACAGUACCAUUCCGAUCACAGCGAAGAAACAAAUAUAUAAUCUGGACUUCAUCCUAUUGGAAUCAACCAUGAAAGUGUUCACAUUUUAUCAAGUGUUUUCUACAUUUCUCAGUCUUCCGUCUACCCCUGUAUUUGUAUUAUAUCUCGUUAUGAUAUGGGGAUCCAAGUUUUACCAAAAAUACACAAAACCACUGUCUCUUCGCCCAAUACUGAUAUUACACAAUGUAACCUGUAGUGUUAUUAGUCUAUACACAGCAGCAGGUAUGUUAUAUGGAAUACUUGAAUCAAAGUCCGUAUUCCUAAAAGCAUCAUCAUCAACACUGUAUCACUUCUUCUAUGUUUACUGGAUCACUAAAAACAUAGAGCUAUUGGACACCGUUUUUAUGAUUCUCCGACAUCGACGAAGACAGAUAUCAUUCCUCCAUGUAUUCCAUCAUUCAAGUAUGUUAUUGUUGACCGACUUUUGUCACCGCUACACUCCGUGGCCUGCUAUCGCUUUUGUAGUCGGUUUAAACUCGGUUGUCCACGUUGUCCUGUAUGCCUACUAUGCCCAGACUGCAUACGAUCCAUCACGUGCACCAGCUUGGAAAAGAAACAUGACGCAGAUGCAAAUUAUUCAGUUUUUGCUGGGACUUGUUCACCAUACUUUUGGGUAUAUUUACCACGGUUUUUGUAUUUAUGGCUUUCUUUAUGGUGUAGGAAUGUUGUACAUGUUUUCUAGCUUUUACUACCAUGCUUUUAUUAAUAAGAAAAGUUUUACUACAUACCAUUACAAAAGAGAAGUUACUUCUACCAGGAAUAUCAAGUAUGAUUGAUUUAUGAACCGAAUCAUGCUAUUGGUUGAGGAUGUAUGGUACAAUUUAACUUCUGCAAUGUGCACCAGAAAUAUAUAAAGGCGUGUACAAGUAUGAGUAUAAUGUCAA